UAGGGGAAGGGGCGCUCGCGCGGGCGGCUGGCUAUGCGCCUGCGCACAGCAGCCGGGCAGGUGGCUGGUGUGUUGUUGUUCGGUGGUGGCGGCGGGAAGAUGGCGGCGCACGGGGGCUCUGCGGCCUCCUCGGUGCUCAAAGGGUUAAUUCAGCAAUUCACCGCCAUCACGGGUGCCAGUGAAAGUGUGGGGAAACAUAUGCUUGAAGCAUGCAACAAUAAUCUAGAGAUGGCUGUCACUAUGUUUCUGGAUAGUGGAGGCAUAGCAGAGGAGCCCAGCACCAGUUCAGCAGCGGUGUCAACUGUCCGACCAGAUACAGAGGAUGAAGUACGAGCACCAAUUCCACAAAAGCAGGAAAUUUUGGUAGAGCCGGAGCCCUUGUUUGGAGCUCCUAAACGACGCAGACCUGCCCGUUCAAUAUUUGAUGGUUUUCGGGAUUUUCAAACAGAAACCAUUCGACAGGAGCAGGAGCUGCGGAAUGGAGGUGCAAUAGAUAAGAAACUCACUACUCUUGCAGACCUCUUCAGGCCUCCCAUUGAUCUGAUGCACAAAGGCAGCUUUGAAACGGCCAAAGAGUGUGGUCAGAUGCAGAAUAAAUGGCUCAUGAUUAACAUCCAGAAUGUGCAGGAUUUCGCAUGUCAGUGUCUCAACCGUGACGUCUGGAGCAACGAGGCUGUGAAGAACAUUAUCCGGGAGCAUUUCAUUUUUUGGCAGGUAUACCAUGACAGUGAGGAAGGACAGAGAUACAUACAGUUCUAUAAACUGGCAGAUUUCCCUUAUGUCUCCAUUCUGGACCCCAGGACAGGCCAGAAAUUAGUGGAGUGGCACCAACUGGAUGUAACUUCUUUUUUGGACCAAGUGACUGGUUUCCUUGGUGAGCAUGGUCAACUGGAUGGACAUUCUACCAGCCCUCCCCAAAAAUGUUCCCGCUCUGAGAGCCUCAUUGAUGCUAGUGAGGAUAGUCAGAUGGAAGCUGCCAUCAGGGCAUCCCUGCAGGAGACGCAUUUUGAUUCUUCCCAGGUCAAACAGGACAGCCGAUCAGAUGAGGAGUCUGAAUCUGAGCUUUUCUCUGGAAGUGAGGAAUUUAUUUCUGUUUGUGGCUCUGAUGAUGAUGAUGAUUCCGAGAAUCCUGCCAAGUCUAGAAAGUCUCCACACAAGGACUUAGGGUGUAGGAAAGAGGAGAGCCGUAGGCCUCCACCUGAGCCCCCCACAAGGACUGAGCCUGGAAUAACAUCAAACCAUCGAGUAGUGUCCUGCAUUGAUGCUGGGAUAUUGGAAGAAUCAGCUGACAAGCCUGACAGUGCAGUGGAGGGAUUGGAUGUGAAUGGACCAAAGGCACAGCUGAUGCUAAGGUAUCCAGAUGGAAAGAGGGAACAAAUUUCACUGCCUGAACAAGCUAAACUUCUGGCUCUCGUGAAGCAUGUCCAGUCAAAAGGAUACCCUAAUGAACGUUUUGAACUUCUCACCAACUUCCCUCGAAGGAAGCUUUCUCACCUGGACUAUGACAUCACAUUGCAGGAGGCUGGCCUGUGCCCUCAAGAGACUGUCUUUGUGCAGGAAAGGAAUUAGCACCAUGGCCUGAGCUCUCCCAGCCUCCCUCCCCUCCACCUCUUUGCCUGUGAUACCAACGUACUAAGUAUGCAGCUGGGCUCAUGGGAUCACAGAGCUGAAAUCAGGCAGGCAGGCAUUUGCCACAUCUCCCUCUUCCUCCUAGUUUUGUGACCAAACGAAAAUGCUAAGAUGUGAGCUUUCCCAGCUUUGGGCUUGGAAAAAUCAUGCUCUAAUUGUGGAGGAACAUGCCUCCUACAACUGCACAUCCCUUUCUAAAAAUAAAAGGGUUGUGUGUGCAUCCAACAUGCUGGGGUUAGGGAUGGCCAUAACAAACAGAUAUUUCUCACUGCUACCCCUAAAAAAAAAAAAAAAAAUCUAUUUUGUUAAUAUAUUUUAUUUUUAUUGAGAAAUACCAUGUGGCUAGGCACCGAGUUGUCUUCCUACACAGAGAAAUUGUAAUUUGCAGUAGUUUUUCUUGGUUUUGGUUUUCUACACAAAAGGUCUCCAUUAACCUUACAGCCUUGUGAGGAUCCCUUGUCAUGUCCUUUGCAGAAUACUGAAGUGCUGGAAGGAUAUGGUGUGAGCUAUGUUUAGCAGUUCAGGCUGGGGAAGCUUGAUAGAUUACACAUGCAUAUUUUUCCCUGUUUUCCUGCUGAUGAGGUGACCUCUUGUUUUAAGUGAGGGUUGACCUGCCAGGGGAUUUGGCACAUAUUUAGCAUGCCUGAUAUGGGAAUUGGAUGCUUGGUCUGGAGCUGAAACCUCCCGUUUUCAUAGUUAGAACUUACUCCUCCAGAAUCUUUUCUCCUGUUCCAAAAUAUGGCCUCUUUGUUGUCAGGACUUUAUUGGUGGUGGGGUAUUGUAAGAAUCUCAAACUUUCUGUAAAACUUUUGCCAUCAUACAACUUAAAAACUAAUUUGAUUCUUUGUUUCCUAGGUAUUUCACUUUCUUGGGGCAAUAGGGUUUCACAAAGCAGUCAGGCUAUAAGAUAAGAAAAGUAGGUUCUAGUGCUGAGGUUCCUUUUAUUAUAAAUUAUAUAUAAAAAACCUGUCAUUGAUGGACAUUCCACUAAGUUAGAAUGGUCAUUUUAUUGGCUCACAUCAUCAGGGUGACGUGAACUCUCUGUAUCUGUAACAAAAGUAUUAUGAGUUGUGUAAAGCAACAGUAACUAACUUGUGUCAAUAUGAUUUGGGCUUUAUAUAUCUCAAAGCUAUAAAAACUGUCAGUGUAAGCCAUACAUACAUCAUGACUAAGGAAUCAGUUAACCAAAUAUACAAUGCAAUGUGCAGUGCAGCCAAGUAGUUUCUUGCACUAUGUACUCUCCUGUGUCUCUAGAUACUUUACCUGAAUCUGAGCACAACCGUGUUCAAGAUUUACAGAAGACUGCAGUGAGGCAAAAGCAUUUAAUUGCUAACUCAUCCUUUUACAGACACUAGUACUGAUUCAGGAUGUUCUUUUGUAACUGAUAGUUUGUUAGCAUAUUCUGCAUUUAUGGAGGAAAACAAGUUGCUUCACGUUGGACAUAAAAAUACAGGGUUAACUUGAGAAUCUGACAAAACUGGCAGUUUGUAUAGUGUGAAAGAUUAGUGACCCCCCCACCCAAUGUCAGUGGGCUUCAUUGUGUUAGGAAAUCUUAUCUCCUGGCAUCAGUGUCGAAGAAAGGAAUUAAUGCUGGCAAUAACUAUUUCCAAGUGGAUGGCUAGGAAUAUAAUGUGGGAUAAAACUUUUCAAGAUACUUUGCCUUUAAUUUCACUCCAGGCUGCAUUCCUACAUUAAAGGAUGUUACAUGGGAAA